GAGAAAAAGAAACAAAGAGACAAGAAAACUGUGCCCUGCCCUUGCCCUGCCCUUCUCCUCUCCUUUCUUGUCUUCCACCGCCCUCUUCCUCCUCGACCUGACUCUAUUCCAAUCUGAUGUGAAUGGCAUCAUAAGAAUGUAGAUUUGGAAGAGCCGUCACAUCGCCGCAGAACAAUACGAUGUCUUUCUCUCCCUCCACCAAGCAGGCAAGCACCGCUACCCGGUUCCCCAUCGCCCCGAGCCAGAAAGCUCUUCGGGGGAGGCAGCAUGGUUAUGAUGAUGGCUUUUACCAGCGCCGAGGUGCGUGCUUCUCUCUACUUAUGAUGCCACUACUACUGCUGUCUUCACUUCCCCCUUUUUUUUGGGGGCUUUUUUUCUGGGCGUUUUUUUCAUGGUUUUUUCCUUGUUCUUUUUAUAGAGCGCUGGACCUUUGCCCGUUCGUGCCGUUGCCGUUGGCCAGGAACGACGACCCCAAGACGCUAAGGCUCUCCCACCUCCCUGAGUCCCCCUCAAUCCCUCCCCCUCCCACUCCCUUUGCGGAGGCCGAGAGUCCAGAGACAACGCAGCUUCUGCCCCUCGUGCUUUUCCUCGGGUUGCCUCAUCUUUCAACUUCUGCUUCCGCUUCCGCUUCCGCCUCCGUCCUCCAUCCUUCUCUUCCUUUCCCUUCCGACCAGGAUUCAGCCCUCAGAUGCCAUUGUCGCCUUCCCACUUCCCACCAGCUUCUUCUUCUCCCGACCUGCAAUUUACAGCUUAAUCUGCUUGGGGCCUUGGCUAAUACGGGCUUCCUUCGCUCCCAGACUCUCGUUCGAACGCCAAAAUCUCUAAGCCCACUGUUGCGCCGCAGCCGCAGCCGUUGAACCCCGGGGCUUACGCAAAUCAGCAGCGCCAACCCUCGAGCAAUAUGGAGAGGCCUGCACCAAUCCCCCCCAAGGUGGGAGCAACUUUCUAUCCUGGAGGUCAGGAUGACUUCCGUAUGCCAGAAUUGGUAUCGCCAAAGCCUCAAAGGUACGUGAGAAAUGUUGAUUCCUGCUAAAUCGAUCCUCAUGCGACCGGUCAGAGGAGCAGAAAAGAGUCAAGGGAUGAGACAUGGGAGACAGGCUGAUGCGAAGCUCCUAGGGUAAUGCCGGAGGUUCCGUCUAAUAUGCAGCAAGACCUUGCAAACCUUGAACUCGAGGCCCGAAUGACCCCAAGCCAUCCGGCCAGUUCUACGUCGACGAUGUCGUCACACUCAACACAUAUCGAUUCAUACCCGCGAGACCCUCAGACGAGCGGCUCCUCCCAGACAAACAUGCGCCAACGCUCUGCCGUCCCGGGCUUCACU